GUUUUGAUUAUCAGAUGGAGAUCAUAUUGGAAUUUAUUUAGUUAAUGUUUGCACAAACAUUUUUCAACGUAUAAGCAGUCCUUCGUGGCCCGGCCACUGAUGGGGUAGGACAAGACUGUGACAGGACUGGUGUAGAAGUUGCCAGGUGAGUGGAUUUGGCAGAUCUUGCACCUUGGUCUACCACUGGAGUAUAAUCCCUGGGAAGGAUUCUUUUGGUGUGGAAUGGAUUACUGCGGCUGAAAUGCAGUUACACCACUGUUGGAGAAUACUACUACAUUUCACAUUAACAUGCAGGAGAUAACUUGUUCAUGCUGCUUACCAAAUUUUGUAUUAUGGAAAACUGGUGUGGUAACCUGAAUAAUCAAUUUCAGUAUUUCCAUUACUUAUUUCACAUCUUCUCAUAAAUAAUUUAAAUGGCUGAAGGAGGUGAGAUAAUAGAGGGUUUCCUGUGUCCGAUAUGUAAGGCAGAUUUAGGAUCUCCAAAAAGCCUUGAGACACAUUUUCAAGAAGAGCACACAGAAGAUCAAGAUGUGAUCAAAUCAAUUAAAGGUCUGUUAGGAAAAGCAAAGAAGAGAAUCCUUAAGUUGGAAGAUGAAGAUCUACCUGCUGAUUUUAGGACCACAGCACAUUUACAAGAUAGUUUUGAAGUGCUAUUGUAUGAACCUCAAGAAAUAGGGGCAUUCAGAUCACACUCAGAAUAUUUUCGUAUAUUUAGGGGUUCUCGUUUGGAGAGAUAUGCUGCAGAAACAAAUAAAUUAUUGAUUCGACUGGAUAAGUUGCUGCGAGAUGUACCGGCGGAUCCAGUGAAGAGGAAGUUGCAUGAACAAGCUAUAGUACCAUGGAUUGAUGAUCGAGAUGUGAAACUUUGUCCUAGCUGUGCAAAAAGUUUUCAUGUUGCUCGAAGGAAACAUCAUUGCCGUCUCUGUGGAGCUAUUAUGUGCAAUGAGUGUUCUCAUUUUCUUGAGCUUGGUGUUGCUAAGAAAAUGACAGGUUCUGGAUUUGGUCAUGAUCUUUCUUGUACUUCAUUCAAUGUAGACAAACAAAAGAAUACAAACAGUGGGGCUUUGGAGCAUUCCAGCUCUGUGGCCAGUCUCAGUUCUGUAAAGUCAUUUAUGGAUAAUAUGACUGGUGAACAGAAUUUACGCCUCUGUGUGCACUGCAAACAACUUUUGGAAGCCAGGGAGAAGCUGAAAGAAAAUCGAAGCCAGAAACCAAUAAUAAGUCAGUUUUAUGAACGCCUUGCAUCAUAUAUAAAAGAAGCCGAUGAGAUGGCUGAAGUGUAUUUUAAAAUGUGUGAAUCUUUGCAGUGUGGGGAAACAGCACAUACCCCAGAAGAGGCACAUAUUUUAAGGGGAAAGCUUUUGAAAUUAGCUGAGAACAUUGACUCCUUAAGUAAAAAGAUCACAAUUCUGGGCACAAAAGACGUUGAAAAUCCCCCAAAAGGUAAAAGUUUGCAACUUCAGAAUAUGAUAAGGGUUGCAUCUGUAGCUUACCUGAAAGAGAAACUGCUUGGUUUGUCUUCUCCAACAGAAGGGCAACGUAUAAAUAAUAGAUAAUGUGUUGAAUAUUUUAUAGAAGGGAAGAACUAAUAUAUGACCAAAUUCUACAUUCUGCAUAGUUUGUAAUUUGAAAUUACUCUAUGAAUGUGGAUUCAUUACACCCAUUCACGUAAGUGGCACUAUGGAAAUGUACUGUGAUUUUCUUUUGCUACAUCCAUGUUUAUUAUGAAAUGUGGAGUAAUGAAAGAGAGAAUAGUGAAUACUUUGUUGUUGAAAUAUGUGUAUUUUGGUGGUUAAAAGUUCAUUUCCAGUACUGUUUCUGCUAAAAGUUUGAAUCCGCAGUUAUUUUAAUAUAGAAAAACAGUAGAAAAAAUCAGUAAUGUUUGGUGUUAUUACUACUUAUAGCGAAAUAUCAAUGACAGCUAGAGUAAUAGUCAAAUAUUAUGGUUUUAUAAAUGUUGCACAAUAGGGACAGACUUUUGUAAACAGUUUUAAGAUGUGUAGAAAAUGCGAUUUAUUAUGGUAAUUAAUGUUGUAGCUAUCAAGUGUCUAAUGCAAUUACAAAUGAUACAUAAUUGUUCUUGUAUUUCCCUAAUUAUUAUAUGAGUACAUCCUCUUCUAUAAAUUGUACAUUACGAUUUACAUAUUGUCAUUUUAUUCAUUGGAUUGUAUCAGUUGCCAUGAUAUUAUUUUAGUCAGAAUGUGUCCCCUGUGUUCAUAUCAUUGCAUGUAACAUAUGUUGUUAUAAUACAUUUUGGUAACUAGGUCUGUAGUUCCUACAGAAAUUAUAAGAAAAUAUUAUUUGUAGUGGAGGCAGGGGUAAGUCACUUACCUUAAUACCUCAAUGUGUCGUGAAAAAUAAUAGUUUCUGGUUAUUAUCACACUUGCUUAAAAACAGAUGUGUUAGCAUAAAUAUAUGUACAUGAGAAGCAGAAAAUAGUAAAUAACAUGGGAAAACCAUUCACUCAGACACAGAACACACAAAUGUAUGACCAUAUCACAACCAAAAUAAUGCGACAGAUGGCAGCAGAAGGGGAAGCAUAAACAAUGCUUCAUAUCAAUGGAACGAUAUGAAAAGUAUUCUUAGGGACAACAUGAUCGGGAACAGAUGAGAAUAACAAAGUGUAAAAGAGAACAAAAGCUCCAAAUAUCAGUUUACGGUACCCAUUAACUUACACUCACAACAAUAAUGUGAUAAGGGAACUUUCUUAUAAUUUUUUUUUAACUGAAUAGGAAAGAAAAUGAGAACAAAGAAAAUAAGGUCACAGGCAUUACAAGGGGGUUAGCAAGAAGUAGUAAUGGAAGUGAAACAUAAAGUGAAAUAUUCUUAAGAAAAUGAAAAGCACUGUUUAUUAUUUUUUCUUUUAUCAUUACUGGCAUUUGCUACGAGCUGCAGCUGCUGUUGCAUACAUUCCAUUUUUUCAUACCUUUGCGUGUGGGCAGUAGCUUAAUUGUCAUUACCACUAACUAAACAGAUACCUAAAGUUCUGUUGUUUGUGUUCUUAAGUGUGUGUGUGUGUGUGUGUGUGUGUGUGUGUGUAUUAGAGUGACUUUUAAUAGUGAAGGGAAUAACAGUUUUGCAUGUUUUGUUUCUCUUGUGUGUGAAACAACUGCUCUGUAAUUUUCUAAUUGCAUGUAAGAAGAAAGCUUAUUUCUGUUCUCAAAGUUAGUGUUUUUUGUAUUUAUUUAAAUAAAGCAGAUAAAUUUGCAUCAAAAUUCUGUGUGUGUGUGUGUGUGUGUGUGUGUGUGUGUGUGUGUGUGUGUGUGUGUGUGGUUUUUUUCUGAUAAAAAGCAGAUUUUUCAUGCAUUGUAAUACUGGUGAAACAUAUUGUACAUUGCAUGGUGUGUUAGUAACAAAAAGACAAAAUAUUCUUGGUGAACAUUGUUUUGUAAUAGUAAGCUUGCUUUCAAGGUGAGAAUAACUGCUUAUAUACAUCUUGUUUUAGUUUGCAUAAUAAGUGAAUUAUGUCAGAAUGUUUUAUAAAAAGAUUCCUGUUGAAAAUAUUUUGUAAAAUAUUCACUUUGUCUUUAAUUCUACUUAUUUGUUAGAAACAGAGUAGUUACAUUGAUUGCUUAAUCUUUCAAAUGUUGGUGAAGUUUCUUUUCACUUAGCUUCCAACCAAGUGGGCACGAGAAUGUCAAUAGUCUGUGUUCAAUUUAAAAAACAUUGUCAUAUUUAUUUGUGUUUAAUAAAAGUAUUUUGAAGAUA